AUGACUGUCUUCAAGUUCCCACAAUUUCAAAGAUACGAAAUCUCAGUAUCAUUAUUCCAUAAUGUCAGUAAUACGAGUGAUGUUAAAUUAAAAAUUGCAGAGCUCCCUUAUGCCUUGGUAGAUGCAACUAUGGUUUGCUCUAUAGAGCAACUGUAUUCUGCCAUCUACAGAGCCAUAGUGGAAAGUACUUACAAUAGGUUGAGAACAAAAACAUUGCAUUCUGAAUGUUUAUUGUGCUUAGCACCAAGUUCUAACAUUGGUGAAGCUUUUAAAAGAUUUGGUAUUAAAGAUGAGUCAAAGGAAAUAAUUGUAAUAAAAAUAAAGGAUACCGAAGAUGACCAAGAUAAUGAUCCAGAAUUUCCAGAUAUUAUUAAAGGUGAUCAAGUUUCAUUUGAUGAUGAAACUUUGCAAGCUACUAAAAAUGAGGAAUUAAUCAGAAAAGUACGUAUACAAACUUUAUAA